AUGGUUUCAACUUAUGAGGAAUAUACUACUACUCAGGGAACACUGGUGAAGCCCUACUACUGGCUGCACUUCACUGAACAAUGUUCAAAGUGCCCAUAUCACAUCAAAACAGGAGAAGAAGCACGUGUGUCCUACAUGGAAUUUUACAAAACAUUUGGAUUUCCCUAUGCUCAGCCACAAUCUGGGAGUCAUCUGUGUUUUUAUGAACUGAAGUUAUCAUCUGGUACCUUGGUGCAGAAAGGACAAGUAUCCAACUGUACUUUAUAUCAGCUACAUCCAGAAUCAAUGUUCUUUGAUAUUGAUGGUUAUCUGGAUGCACUCAUGUAUUCCUAUGAAAACAUUGCUUAUGUUACUAUAUACUCUAAUUACACCCCAUGCAAUGAAAGAGCCCAAUACUGCAUAAGCAAAAUGUAUGAUUUUUUAAUAAAUUAUCCAAGCACGAGAUUAGACAUCUAUUUUUCUGCACUCUAUCAUACUGAUGAUUCCAAUAUUGAAUCAGGAUGGAACAGAGAAGCUCUCCACUGCUUAGCAGCACUCUGGCCCAGGGUAACCAUCAACCCAAUCAGUAAUGGGACAUGGCUGACUAUUCUCCACAGAUUUGUGUAUGGUAUGCCUUGGACAGCACUUCACAACCCAAUUUUGCCCGAAAGAGCUCUUGCUGAUCUGACCAAUGCCCAUCAGAUUGUUACCAUCACUGGUGUGAACCCCUACUACAUUGAUGUCACACCCCCUGUAAAACAUCCAAAGCAACAUUUUAAACCAGAAGAUAUGAGCUUGUACAAGUCUACACAAGCACCCCUUCCCAUUAUAAACAAAAUGGCAUUAAUGGCCCCAUACCAACCUUAUACGAACCUCCCAAACUUACCAGCAUUGCACCGGUCAAUGUACCCACUGCAAUCACAGAAAACCAAGCCAAAAAAUGUGGUGAGACAUCUGAAUCUGCCCAACACAUCUGAGUGGAAAACACUUUCAACACCAUCACCUCACAACGUGCAAGUAACUGAAAUAGUGGAAAUGCUUGAAGCUCCCGCAACAAAGAAAGCAAGUGAUUCAAAGAAGCAGAGGAAAAGCAGCAAAAGGACAAAAUCUACAAGGAGGUAA